AGUAACUUGGAAACAUAUGACGUCAUUUGUUCUUAGGAGCGAUAACAACAAAAAUAUACAAAAUGAAGAAUCAAGUUAUCUUUUUCAUAAUUCUGUGGACCAAACUCUGCUUCAGCGAUGGCCAAGCACCUACAGCUAAUGCAGGAAGCAGGCCGCCUACUGGGAGUAGCCCUCCAGGUGCAAAUAACCCACCUGUUGGAAAUAACCUGCCUGUUGGAAAUAACCUACCUGUUGUGAAUAAUUCCCCAGCAAAUACAGCAGCAAUGACAGAUGACCAAGCACAUGUUGCUAAAAUGGUGCCGAUCGUUGGAGGUAUAUUCUUUGGGAUUGUGGUCCUGCUAUGUAUCGUUAUUUUCCUAAUAAGAAAGAAAAUGGAAGACGCUAAAUUGAAAAAACAAGCAGGUCAACAAGGUGAAUUGGAAAGUCUUAAUGGUCCAAAUGAGUUUGAUGCCGACUCCGAAGAAGAGGAGUAAGCGUAAUAUCCUCGUAAACAUAACGUAAACGGGAUAUUUAUAGGAGGAUGAAUAAAAUAACAUUAAGGCUACAUAUUGAAACUAUUGGCAUGUACAUGCUGUAUACUUAAAAAUAUAGAAAAUAAAAUUUCAAAACAAAA